GGCACCAGGUCAUCUGGCUCAACAGCGGGCAUCGGGUCACCAGGCACGACAGCGGGCAUCGGGUCACCAGGCAUCAGGUCAUCUGGCUCGACAGCGGGCACCGAGUCAUCUGGCAAGGCAGUGGGCACCGAGUCACCAGGCAUGACAGCUGGCUCUGAGUCAACUGGCACGACAGCGGGCAUCGGGUCACCAGGUAUGACAGUGGGCACUGGGUCAUCAGGCAUUGGAUCGUCUGGCUCGACAGCGGGCAUCGAGUCAUCAGGCACGACAGCGGGCAUCGGGUCACCAGGCAUGACAUCGUCUAGCAAGACUGCGGGCACCGAGUCAUCUGGCAAGACUGCGGGCACCGAGUCAUCUGGCAAGACUGCGGGCACCGAGUCGUUUGGCAAGACCGCGGGCACCGAGUCAACUGGCGGAACAGCGGGCACCGUGCUU